CACGAUCCUCCCGUCGCCGCCAUCGCUCACGCAGCCUCCCCUCAGCUCACGUCGCCUCGUUAUUUUCCUCUCUCUCGCUCCCGCUUUCCUUCUCCCACGCCUCUUUCUCAAAAUAACACUAGGUACAGCAGGUAAGCACUGAGUCCUUGCGCCGGCGCCGGAAGACGUUUCCACUCUCGGUCUUCUCGUUUUCCUGCUCUCGUUGAGUCCUGAUUCCUUCUCCUUCUUUUCGCUUCUGCAGGAAUCGAAUCGUAAUGAAUGGAGUCAAAUCGAAGGCUGGCAAGAGGACUGACGCCGCAUGAGUUGCAUCUCUUUGUCUCUCUCUCUGCUUAUUGUAUUCCGGUUGAAGCCGAAAGCGGCUGGAAGAUCGAAGAAGGUAGUUAACGAUCCAAACAAGCCUAAGAGGCCUCUCAGUGCUUUCUUCGUCUUCAUGGAGGAAUUCAGGAAGGAGUUCAAGGAAAAGAAUCCUAACAACAAAUCUGUCGCUGCUGUCGGAAAAGCUGGCGGCGAGAGGUGGAAGGCUAUGACUGAGGCAGACAAGGCUCCUUACAAGGCCAAAGCCGACAAAAGGAAGGCUGAAUAUGAGAAGUGUUAGAAUAAGAACCAUAUGUUGUUUGUCACGUGAGUGUUUGGUUGAGUCAUUUAGUUAGAUUCGUCGUCGUUUGGGGGUUAGCAUAGAUAAGUUACAGCAAGCAAUCGUGUAAGCUUGCUGAGUCAAAUUCUGUUAGGAGUUAAGUUAGUAAGUGGCGUUUCUUUAGGGGUAGUGGGCGGUAGAUAUGGGACUCUGUUUUCCAGCAAGUAGUCGAUUAGGGUCUGAUGUAUUUAAAACCUUUUGUCUACAUUCAAUAAGAUUGGUCAGUUUGU